AUGGUGUACUACUUUACGUCAAAUACGGUGACUCCUGCAGCGUUCAUAUAUGUUGGCAAAGACAAGGUUGAAAACGAAGAUCUGAUCAAGCAUGGCCUUGAGAAUGACUUUCAUGUCGACAAUCUGUCAAGUGCCCACGUCUACCUUCGACUCCGGAAAGGCGAAAGCUGGGAAAAUAUACCCCAGGAGCUGCUCGAGGACUGCGCACAGCUGACCAAGGCAAAUUCUAUCGAAGGCACCUGGUGGCAGCAUCGAUUGACGAAAGCAGGCAACAAAAAGGACAAUGUGACUGUGAUAUACACUCCAUGGUCUAACUUACACAAGACCGCGGCUAUGGCCACGGGCCAGGUCUCCUUCCACAACCCCAAGCUCACACGCAAGGUCUUUGUACCUCAAAGACAGAAUCCCAUUGUCAAUCGGCUGAACAAGACUCGGGUUGAAAAGUUCCCCGACCUCAGGGCCGAGAAGGAAGAGUACCUGGCACAGUGUAGAAAAGAGGAACGCAAGGCCAGGGAAGAGAAGAAGGCACUGGAUAAGAAGGAACGCAAAGAAAGGGAAGAGCUACGGUGGCAGAAGGAACACGCCUACGACGAUCUCAUGAGCCCAGAGAGCGUUCAGCAAAGUAACAACCAGGAUCGAGGGGAAGACUUUUUAGAUGACUUUAUGUGA